CCACGCCCCACUGCAGGUAACACAGGUGAUCCACAUGGGGACGUGGGGCGCUCGUUUCUCAAACGAGGGUGUGGAUCACCGGACCUUUGAUGCCGAAAACCCGUUUUGUUCGCUUUUCGCAUGAAAAACUUCCCCUGAAAUCGGAGCAGGAUGGCGUCCCAGUGUAGCCGGUAAUCCAACGCUUGUGGGGUCCGCCUCAGCCUUUGUUAAACCAGUCUGACGUCUCUGGGCGAUGAAGAGGGAAGUGAAGGAUUGUGAGAGUGAAUAUGUUCAGAAGAGAUAAAGGCUCAACAGCCCCAACUCCUGUGGUCCCCCCAAGACCCAGCAAGGAGGAUUUAGACCACCCCGUCAUGCACAGCCAGAACACGCCGGACGCCGGACAGGCCUUCCAGAGGCCUGGAGUGCUGGGAGUUAUGCAGAAGGUCAACCCUUUCCGGUCUGCCUCGCAGACCCCCGCUGCAGUCAGCAAAGCCACUUCCUCAGAGUCAGUAGAACAGAGAGCAGACUCCACACAGAAUCCUGGCAUGCUGAAAGGGGUCAUGCAGAAGGUCAACCCAUUCAAGUCCACGUCCCAGGUCCCAAAAGCUCCAUCUUCAGAGUCACUGGAACAGGGGAGGGUUUCAGACUCCAGUCAGAACCCUGGUAUGUUGAGAGGCGUGAUGCAGAAAGUCAACCCGUUCAAGCCUUCCACACAGGUGCCAAAGAGCGAUCCUCAAAAUGAUUCUGCAGAUCCACCUGAGACAGGACAAGAACCUCCAGGCAAACAGAAUCCAGGGAUGAUCGCAGGGAUGAUGCAGAAAGUCAACCCAUUCAAAUCUUCACAGCCAAAGGACCCCCGGCCUCUGCACAGUGACCUUUCGUCCAGUAACGGAAGCUUGGCAGACAACAACAACUUGCCUCAGAAGCAGAACCCAGGGAUGCUCAAAGGGAUGAUGCAGAAAGUAAACCCCUUCAGGUCUUCCACACAGGUGUCAGGUGAAGAAUGUCAGACAGACUCUGUGGUGCCAGAUACAACUUCCUUUUUGAAGACUCAGGAAGACAAAGGUCUUGAAAGCGAGCACUCCACCAGCUCUGAAAGCUUGGAUGACAGCACCAUAGAAAGACAUUCUGUUUGGUACGUCGAUGCCGAUGAGGUGAAAAGCGCGUCAGUGCAGGCGCCGAAGAAAAGAACUAUGACUUUCAGAAUAAAGAGGAUUUUGCCCAGUGCCUUGUUUGGAUCUGGAACAAAGGACUCAGCUGCUCCGUCGUCCGACACUCCCCAGGAAAGAGUGGAGGUUCAGACACUAGAGAUGGCUGAGGUGCCUUUGCCCAGUGAAGGAACAGUCCAGGACCCGCUGGAUGACGAGGAAGGCCUUUUGUCGUGGUGGAGAACAGUAGAGGGCUGGGAUGAGUGGAACGAAGCAAAGCAGAAUGACGACGCUGAAGAGGUGGUGGAAAAUGCAGCUGACCGCGUCUUCAUGGCGGCUCGGCUUUUUGUUCGCUUUUUCAACCAGCGUGGUGGCUCCCUCCAGCAGCGGAUCCUGGAGCUGCUCGGUUUGGCCGACUCGGCUGACAAUUUCCAUAAGAAGACGGUCACGGCCAGCGUCGGUGGUGGGGUGGCAAGUGUUGCGGGGUCGAUCACCACCAUCACCGGGCUCAUUCUGGCGCCCUUCACAGCAGGGACAUCGCUCAUCGUUACAGCCGUAGGCAUCGGCGUAGCUACGGCAGGCGGGCUGACGUCUGCUUCAGCCAACAUCACGGACACGGUCCAGUCCAAGACGGACCGCAAGAAGGUGGAGAAGAUGAUCCAAGACUACGAGGAGGAGAUAAAGGACAUCAAGGGGUGCCUGGAGUUUUUGCAGGAAGGGAUGGAGAUGCUUGAAGAGUGGAACUUUGAGAAGUAUGCUGAGAGCAUCUCAAAGAAGCACCUCAACCAGAACGUCAAACACGUCAUGAAGGAGGGUGGCCGGGCCGGCAAGGCUUUAGUGAUAAACACUGAGAGCCUGGUCAGUACCAUCCAGGUCCUGAAUGUUGCAGGAGGUGCUGCCAAAGCCGCCCAGGUGAUGAGCAUUACCACUGGAGUGAUGUCAGGUCUCUUCCUGGCUCUUGACGUUUUUUUCCUGGCCAAGGACUCCAUGGAGCUGAAAAAGGGAGCAAAGACAGAGUUUGCGACCAAGAUCCGAGAAGUUUGUAAGGACCUGCAGGACGGGCUGCUGGAGCUCAACCGAAUCAAGGAAGAGCUGCAGAAAACCAUGGACGGGAUAGAGGUGGAGGUGGAGGAGGACGAAGAGGAUGAAGAGCUGUUGAAGUCUGAACUGAAGAAGCUUGUUGAGCUUGAGGAAUGAAGGAUUAGAUGUUAGAAGAAACCAAAGCCUCACUGCCUAAAAAUAUAUUUUCAAUAGUUAUAUUUAAAGUAAUUAACUGUAUGUCUUAAACCAGAAGUUGCUGUAUCAUGUCGUGUUAAAUCAAUGUUUCUUUAAUAAAAGUGGUUUGCUGCUUAAA